AUGGGAAAACUCACACAAAUCGAACGAGAAUUAUGGGAGCGGUCGACUCGACUAAAUUCGCGAGACGAGUACGACGCGUGGAUGCAAAAGUGUGACGAGUGCAUCGAAUCGUUGGAAGAACAUAGUCGGGUUAAACGACUGAUUACCGAUCAGUGUCGGCACUAUUUCGAUUCCAACGAGAAGCUGGAGAGUCACACCACAAACUGCCAAAAAUUGAACAACUGCGCCAUCACUCUGCCGACUGAGGACAACAAGCUUGCGCAAUUACAGCAGGAAGGAGCGAAUCCCAUUUGUAGUGUACGCUUAUCUGGAGUGUACGCUGGAGAAGACCGCAAAGAACGGGAAGGAUCACAAAUCGCACACGUAUCAGCAUUACAAGAGUCAAAAGACACUGCAUCAAAGAUGGCGGAUCGAUACAGCGGAAACUGUAAUCGCUAAAGGAAUGUGACAAGGACCGUGUUAGGAUAAACAAGAGAACGAAACGGUGGUCCGAUGCAAUGGCAGCACUCGAGGUGCGAGAUGAAUUCGAUCCUCAGUGAAACCGGGAGGCUCGUUCGUAAAACACCAGCAGUAGAUCUUUUUUCCUUUCUACGAGCCCAGGCUUUCCACACAACAAGUAUGAAAUUGUUUUAUCAUGGUAUCAACGGUGUACGCAUGAGAAGUCCGUAUGGGGUAAUUAAUUGACUGUUUGAAUCAAUCAGCUAUAAAACCGAAGGAUGAAUUGAGAAAUUCUCAGUGUGUUGUGAAAAAAUGGGAGAACUCACACAAAUCGAACGAGAACUAUGGGAGCAGUCGAUUCGACUAAAUUCGCGAGACGGGUACGACGCGUGGAUGCAAAAGUAUGACG